AUGCAACAGCCCAAAACACAACCACCUACGUCAGUGCUUAGAUCUUGUGCUAAUAUUUCAUUAGGGAUCUUUCAUUUUCCAUUCCUUAUAAUGACAAAAAUCACUCAAAAACUUUUAAGCCCUGUUAAACGUAAUCAAAGACGUAUUCAAAAUCGUUCUCCGACUUUUGUUUUUAAAAUAAUAUGGACGCUUGCAUUAUUAAUAGGAGAAAUUAUUAUUUUUUCGUAUUCAAUGCGAAAAUGUUCUUGGCCAGAACAUAAGAAUUGGAACACCACAGAAACAAGGCCUAUUCAUGUUGCAAUAAUCGCUGACCCACAAAUAAUUGAUGAUUAUUCUUAUGGCCGAACCGGUAUACUUCAGAGAAUUUCUGAAAUAUAUCCUGAUAUGUAUAUGAGAAAGAAUUGGAUAAAUUUACAAAAUAUAUUUGAUCCUGACGCAAUAAUAUUUCUUGCGGGGAAUCAUGAUAUUGGUUUCGGAGAUCAUGUAAUUCCAGAAGCGUUUUACAGAUUUCGAAAAGAAUUUGGACCAUUAAGUUAUAUGACAAAUAUUGGUAAUCAUUCAUUUAUAGCUUUAGAUACAAUAACUUUGAGUGGUUCUAACGAAACUUUGAAAAAGGAUGCGAAAGAAUUAAUACAGAGGCUCGAGAAUGAUACAACGAAUUCCCUUCCUCGCAUAUUAUUAACACACGUUCCUUUGUAUCGUCCGCCGAAUACUGAUUGUGGAACACUUCGACAACAAAGUCGGUAUAUUAAACAAGGUGCUGGCUACCAAUAUCAGAAUUUAAUAGUAGAAUCGUUAACAAAUUAUAUUUUAAAUAAUAUAAAGCCAAUGUUAAUAUUUAGUGGAGAUGAUCAUGAUUAUUGUGAAAUUUUACACGAUGAAUUAGAUGGAAUUCCUGAAAUUACAGUUAACAGCUUCAGUUUUGCAAUGGGAAGAGAGGAGAGAGGUCAGGUCGCGAAUAAACCGAAUGAAAGAGUGCGUGAAUGA